AUCUUACAGUAACUUAGAAAGGAGGACUUUUUUCUUUCGGCUGGCUUCAAUGCACACAGGUUACAAGAUCUAUGGAAAAGUGUUCUCUGUUUCUUUAAAAUGUUAAUUACUCUCUCAUGGGUUAAUAUUUAUAUGGCUUCUGAUGCACUGUUGGGUUGGUGUUUUUCUUCACUGAUGAGAAUAAAGAAUGUUUCCCUAUGUACAGCACAGUGACGGAAUAAAGCAAGUUACUGCUUUGUUGUGUAGGGCUUAAUCUCUUUUUCCAAGCUGGCAUUGUUGGCGCAAGAAGCCUGGAAAUCAGGUGCCCUGCUUAGCGCCUUUGUAUUUUGAAGCAGAUUUAUAGAUUUUGCAUUUUAGAAGAGUCAUCUCUGUAACAACUGUGGCAUAACUAAGUGAUUGUUCCUUGAGCUUUUGCUGCUUUUGCUGUGUGAUGUACAUGGACACCUUUGCCAUGGGCAUGACUGUGCCAACGCUCCUGGUCCUGCUGAGCCUGGUGAUUGGGAGCAGCGAGGGGUGCUACUGUGAACAUUACCCAUGGGGGUCGUGGUCUGCCUGCUCACAGACCUGCAAUUUUGGCACACAGACCAGGCACAGGCAAAUAAGGAUGGAUGAAUAUUAUAGCCAAAACUUCUGUGACCAGUUGUGCACAAAGCAAGAAUCUCGUACAUGUAACCAGCAAACAUGUCCUAUCAACUGUCAGCUUGGAGAUUUUGGCCCUUGGUCAGAAUGUGACCCUUGUGUUAAAAAACAAUUCCGUACCCGCCCUCUCCUGCGACCAUCCCAGUUUGGGGGGCAGGCCUGUACGGAGCCACUGGUGGAUUCCCGUCCAUGUUUCCCAGCCAAGCUCUGCAACAUUGUGGAAGUUGACUGCAAGAAUAAAUUUCGGUGUGAGAGUGGUAAUGAUAAUCCCCAUUGUGUAACUGCAGCAUUACCAUUUAGGCAAAUUUUAGGUCGCUGUAUUCCAAAAACACUGGAAUGUAAUGGAGAAAAUGACUGUGGCGACAACUCUGAUGAAAGAAACUGUGGAAGGAAAAAGACUGUGUGUAACCGAAAGUAUGAGAGCAUCCCAGGUGUGCAAUUAAUAGGCAGUGGAUUUCACAUUCUCGCAGGAGAGAGCCGAGGGGAAGUUCUUGGCAACUCAUUCAAUGGAGGACGAUGCACCACAGUGAAGCACAAUGAGACAAGGAAGUUGUAUCGUGUUCCUGCCAAUCUGGAGGCUGUCAGCUUUCAGGUAACAGAAGAAGAGGAUGAUGUAACAUCAGAUUUCUACAAAGAUUUAACUCCCCUGAGUCACAGUGCUUCUGACAGUAGUUCAUCCACUCGUAGUGGUAAACAUUCUUCUGGUAUCCCAUUUUUAUUCUCAAAAAAGACACGGGUCCGGGUUACAUCAUCUUCCUCCUUCAAGAAAGCUAUUGAAGCCUCGUAUGAAAAGAAUUCCAACUUUAUUAGAGUCCAUAAAGUAAUUUCUGUUGCAAACAUCACAAUGAAACAGUCAGAUCUGCAGCUGUCAGACAUCUUUCUAAAAGCACUUAACCAGCUGCCCCUGGAGUACAACUAUGCUUUAUACAGCAGAAUAUUUGAUGACUUUGGCACUCAUUACUACACCUCUGGGAAGAUGGGUGGUUCCUAUGAUAUUCUUUACCAGUAUAGCUCUGAGGAACUGCAGAACUCGGGCCUGUCAGCUGAGGAAUCAACAGAGUGUGUCCGAACAGAAACAACCAGGCGUGUGUUCUUCAGGAAGAAAAAGAAAGUCAGUACCAGAUGCACCACAAACAGGAUGACUGUGACACAUGAAGGUUCCAUUUUGGAGUCAGCUGAACGAUCAAUUUCCCUGGUAAAAGGUGGCAGGUCAGAGUUUGCAGCAGCUCUGGCCUGGGAGAAAAAGGGGGCUUUUCCAGGACACAGAGUGUUCACAGACUGGCUGGAAUCAACAAAGGACAAUCCUGUGGUGAUUGACUUUGAGGUGUCCCCCAUCGUGGAGCUGGUGAGGAACGUGCCGUGCGCGGUGACCAAGCGCCGCCACCUGCGGAGGGCCCUGCGGGAGCAGGCGGGCGCACUGGACCCGUGCCGCUGCGCGCCGUGCCCCAACAACGGCAGGCCCGUGCUCUCGGGGACUCGCUGCCUCUGCCUGUGCCCGGCCGGCACCUACGGCGACCACUGCCAGACGCGGGCUCCGGGUCACACUUCAGUUGCUGUUGAUGGCCGAUGGAGUUGCUGGUCUGAAUGGAGUCCAUGCAAUGCUUCCUUCAAAAAAAGAAGGACCCGGGAAUGCAAUAACCCCUCUCCAAUGAACGGUGGGAAGCCGUGUGAAGGGCAGCGGGAAGAAGAGGAGGACUGUUAUGUCUCUGUGUUCACAGACAGAGGUGCUCCUUGUAUAAAUGAUGAUGAAGCCAAGAGAGAGGAGAAUGUCUUGAUUGGUGAACCAGAGUCUGGAUGUUCUAGGCCAGACCCACCAGAAUACGGCUUUAUCAGGAAUGAAAAGAACCAAUAUGCUGUUGGAGAGGAAGUUGAAAUCGCUUGUGUGAGUGGGCAUAGCCUCAUUGGCUAUCAGUACCUUCGGUGUCUGCCAGAUCAAACCUGGACACAGCAACAUGUUGAGUGCCAGCCCUCAGUAUGCCUCAGGCCACCAAUAUCUGACAGUGUCACAAUUUCCCCAUUUAAGCAACAGUACAACAUUGGUGAAACAAUGAAGCUGAGCUGCCAAGCUGGGUUUAUAGUCACUGGUCACACAAAGUAUACCUGUGGGAAAGACCUGUCCUGGAUACCUCCUAUUAUGAGGUCUGUUACAUGUGAAAAAGAUGUGCUAACCAAAAUGAGAGGUAUUUGCAGUCCAGGACAAAAGCAGGUUGGAUCUCAGUGUGUUUGUAUGUCUCCAGAAGAAGAUUGUGGCCACUAUUCAGAAGACAUCUGUGUGCUACAUGCUGUUUCUGAACAGAAUGUGACCAAGCCCAGCUGUCAGUACUCAGCUGAAAUGUGCCUUGGAGUGCAGUCAUUUCAUUUCUUGCAUGCUGGCCCUUGCCAUGGUAAUUCCAACCUAGACUGGGCUAUUGAGAGGGCAAAGCUCUCUACAAAUAGCUUGAAGAAAGUGCCCUGUGGCUAUGACACCUGCUAUGACUGGGAAGAUUGUCAAGAUACAAAGACCCAGUGCUCCUGCCUGAUGCCUUACCAGUGCCCCAAAGGAGAAAUCCGCCCUCACUGCAUCCAAAUGGAGACGACAGGGAGGAGGAGGACAGUCAGUCAUUGCAUGCUGGCAGCCAUGAAGUGUGCUGGCAUCAAACUGCAGGUGCUGGAGCAGGGAAGCUGCCCACCAUAACCCAUUUGCUCUCUGCACACACCGUGAUCAUUGCAUCAAAUGCAAACUGAGCCACCCACAGAAACGCUUGGUUGGUUAUGAAAGGAUAAGUGGAUCAAAACAAAAGGAUGUGAAAAAAAAAAUCCAGCUCAUUUAACAGCUUUCUGGGAGAAGGAUGGCAGUGACUUUUUUCUGUCGGAAAACGACCUGGGCUCAGGGAUGUAAGGGACAACUUGUCAUUGCUGGCACCUCUGGGGAUGUGCAGAGGAAGGGAGGGGAACAAAUGGAAAGGGAGAAAAAGAAAUAUUGCCUUUGGUCUCCCCUAGAGCUGGAUGAGACUUUUCCUUUCCUCAGCCAUUUGUUGUUUUGUCCUUGUGCUUGUGACUGCUGUUCACUCUUGUCUCACUGUCUGAGCACCUGCUGUAUCACACAGGCAGAGAGAACAAGCACUUCAGCACCACUUCCAACAUCAAAUGGGGAAGGGGUAGCAAGAAGCUACCUGCAGUGACAGUACAAAUGGAAGGAGCAAUACCAAACACUGAAAACCACAAUUAUGCCAUGAGUGCAUAGUCAUCAAAAUGAUGUGAUUUUUAAUUGGAGUAGCUGAAGGGAGCAGGUAUUUGCUUUCUGUGUUUGUUCACUGGGUUUCAGCUUUAGGCAGAAAGCCUGAAGCCUAAAGCUUGGAGAAUUCCUAUGGUACCCCUCAACAUGAAUUAAGAAUGUUUGUACUUUAAAUAUAAAAUAAACAUUUAAUGAACAGUG